AUGACAUCAAGUCAUAACCAACCCGAUCAGCCUCCGAUGACUUCCAUCUCUGACGACUACGUCAUGCUGGCAAACGGAACGUACUCGGUCCAAAUGACCCCUAGCUCUGGGUCUGAAGAUGGCGGCGACGACGAAAGGGAGCCUCUCAUGUCUAAGGAGUCUUUGCCAACCACCAAGGCUUCCGUCUCUGAAGCCCACGCAGACACCAAAAAGCGUGAACAUGGCGAUGACAACGAAAAGGAGUCUCUCGAGCCUAAAGAGUCCUUGCCAACCACCACGGCUUCCGUCUCUGGAUCCCAUGCAGGCACCCAAAGCAAUAUUGCGCCUUCGAACAAGGUUAUGUGCGCUACACACAGUUUCAGAGCUGGAAAUUCACUGCAGCUUAGUUUCUCUCGCGGCGAUCGUCUCCACGUUAUCGGUCGUGAGGGUGACUCCUGGUGCGAAGCCUUCAACCCUGCACUACCUGACAAGCGCGGUCUCGUGCCCAUCUCAUACUUCAAAGACAUUGAUUUCUGGGAAACAACGCUGGGUAACUGUUUGCUCAUUGUAUUGCCUUUGUCUAUCUUCCUUUUCAUUUUAAUCGGGCCCGUUAUACUCGUUAUCUAUGGACCUUCCAUUCUGGAUUGGCUGGCGUUUGUCGAGCCUACCAAGUCAUCCAUCUCGUCGUCUUCCGGAGCGCGCAAAGUCCAGAUCCCUCUUUGCGGCCCCACCAAGCCCUACGAGUCAUAUCACCUCCUUCCAGUCUUUAACCGUACCCCCUACGGCAUUCUCGACUGCAACCACAACGCCCCCCAUGCCGAACUAUUGCAAUCUUUCUUCGAAAAGUCCAUCACAGACACCCUUACCCACUUUUACAACAGGGGUGAAGUACCUGACGAAAUCGACUGCCAUCCCUGGAAGCGUCCGAUAUCAAGGGACGCCGACGAGUCACUGCGAUCAAGGCUGAACAAAUUCACCCCAGAGGAGUGGGCUAUCCAGUGGCUCUUCCUGAAGGAGGACCGUUCCGUAGCCGACAUCUCGAUUCUUCCCAUAUUAGGUAUCAAUACACCAGGUCCGAUGCCGUGCAACAACGAUGAGACAAGUCUCCGUAGACGGUCUCACCAGUACAUUGCUCAGAUGGAGGUGGUGAGGCAGGAGAUUGCGAGGAAGGCGCAACUGGAAAUUAAGGAGCUGGAGGAUAAGAAGAAGAACGAAGGAGACACGGAGCCGUCAUUGUGGACGGACAUGGGACAGAUGGUGGAACAGAUAGUUAGGAAUUUGUAG